AUGGCCCCCACAAACAAAGCCCUCGUCCUCAUGGCGCCCAAGUCGCACACCCAGACCAUCUCCCCAGCCCCCUACAGCCACCCUUCCACCAACGAAAUCGUGAUCAAAACCCACGCCGUAGCAAUCAACCCAGUCGACUACGGAGUCCAGCGCAUGGGCGUCCUCGUUCCCGAAGACGCAUACCCCUGCAUCCUGGGCUGCGACGUCGCCGGCGAAGUGGUCGAGCUGGGGGACUCGAUGUCUCACUUCAAGAAAGGAGACCGCGUGAUCGCGCAGACCGGACCCAUUGACACGAAGCACUGGAAAGACACGGACAAGAUCUACGCCUACGCCGCGUUCCAAACGUACGUCGUCCUGCGCGGCUCCUUGAUCGCGCGCAUCCCCGACUCUGUAAACUACGAAGACGCAGUGGUGUUGCCGUUGGGAAUCGCGACCGCAGCGUCGUGCCUCUUCCCCGCAACGCUGCUGAACCUGGACUUCCCGCCCCCCGACCGGAAUGCCGAACAGAAGGACAAGAUCCUUCUGGUGUGGGGCGCCAGCUCCAGCGUCGGAUCCAGCGGCGUCCAACUCGCCACGCAGGCAGGAUACAGCGUGAUAGGCAUGUGCUCUCCCCGCAACUUCGACAUGGUCACCUCUCUCGGCGCGGUCAAGUGUUUCGACCAUGCUUCGCCCAACGUGGUCGACGAUGUUGUCUCGUACGUGAAGGGGACAGAACUGAAAGUCGUGGGCGCGUAUGACGCGAUUUCCACCGCAUUGACGGUUCCUCCCUUGUGCGAUAUUCUGCAUCGGUUGGCCACGGACACGGGCAAAUCGACCCGGAAGUUCAUCGCGGCGGUGUUUCCCGGGGCGGAAGCGCACGCGAAACACGAGGUCGAAGUCAUUGUGAAUCUGACGCAGGGCAUGGAGCAGUUCAACAGCACUACGGCACGGAUCGCGCCAUGGUUGGAGACAGCUCUGGCGGAUGGGAGGAUCAAGUGUGCGCCUGAGAAGGACGUCAUUGGAGACGGGCUGGAAGUUGUGCAGCCGGCGAUGGACAAGCUUGCGGAGGGCAAGGUGUCUGGGCGGAAGUUGGUUGUGAGGUUGUAA